AUGACCAACAAAGCGUUCUCGCACAAUGGCGUCGAUAUCCACAUCGCAGCGCACCUAAGUGACUUAACAGAAGGCCUCGAAUGGUGCACCAAUACGCAAGGGUCCCUCACACAUCACGAUAAUGUCCUCGAAGGCAUCAGAAUUGGUUCCAGCGAAUCCUCCGCAGACAUCAUCAACGGACACAACGUCUGCACAUUCCUUUGUCGAGACAAGCAGGGCGACGGCCACAAAGCAAACACCUCAGACACGUUCACAUCAUGGUUGAAGAUGAGUCUCGACGCGAUGAGAGACAGAGAGCGCGUCGGUGUCGUUGUAGAAGGAAAGCAUCGAUCGCUCGUCGCAGCUGGCAUCAUCCUUCCGGAACCGGAGCAAUUCGCUGUCGCUGGCGCGUUUGUGGUCACAGAUGUGUGGUUUGACUGGGUUGUGAGCGAACAAGGCCAGUCAGCCGACAGAGUGCUCAUGGCACGGCUGGAACUAUGCGAUGGACAGGGUAUCUGGUGGAAUAGUAGCACGGCCGCCGCCUCAAGUCAGGAAAUUGGAACAAGCACAGAGUUCUGCAGUUCCUGCGAACGACCCCUCGCGCGCCGAUACAAGGAGGGCGAUGUAUUCUGCGGCCAUCCAGAAUGUCCAACACGCUUAGACCCCGCCCAAAGCACAGGCCUAUCGAUCAAGACGCGCGACUAUGCUCCGGAGUACCUCGCGCGUCGAACACCGCUCCCAGCUCAGUACUCGCGCUCCUUCAACCUCGUUCCUCCUGCGCCUGCUGCCCCGACUGUCGAUCAGCUCAAAGCAUGGUUCGCCGACAAGGACAACAAUCAUCCGGGCUGGAAGUCCUGGAAUUGCAGCAAUUGCAAGCGUUUCAACUGCCGUAUGGAAUAG